AUGCCCGGCGCAACACGAGAUGUGGUUAUGGAAGAUGCGCCUCUUCACAGACCUGCAUCUCCUGCCGCUGCAAUCCUUCCGCCUACAACUCAUUCCCACUCGCCAAUUCUACCGCCAUCGCAUCAGGCUUCUACAGCGACUGCGAAUCUCAACCGUGAUGCAGCUUCUCCGGUUCCCGUUCCUGCGCGCACAAGUACGCCUGUACCGAAAGUAAAUGGAAAUGAGAAUUCGUCGAGAGCUACGAGUCAACACCCGGAUGCGGGCCCAUCGUUACCAACUGAAGCAAGUGUUCAUGGAGCGCCGGCGCGAGUUUACUUGAAUCAGACCGUUACAGGAAGUUUACUGGAAGGCAUGAAGUUGUUGGCUAAGGACCAGCCAAAAGAUCCUUUACGAGUACUAGGGGAAUUUCUUUUGUCAAAAUCCAAGGAGUUGGAAGGAGGGAAUUAA